AUGGCGUCACGCAGGCUAGCUUUGAACCUCUCGCAGGGUCUGCGAAACCGUGCCGGCCUGUCGGCCGCCGCUCCCCUCCGUCGAGGAUUCGCGACGCCCUCUACUGUCGGCAAGACCCAGACGACAACCCUGAAGAAUGGACUGACCGUUGCCACCGAGCACUCCCCCUGGGCCCAAACCUCCACCGUCGGCAUGUGGAUUGACGCCGGCUCGCGCGCCGAGACGAACGAGAACAACGGCACCGCGCACUUCCUUGAGCACCUUGCCUUCAAGGGUACCGCCCGCCGCUCCCAGCAGCAAUUGGAGCUCGAGAUUGAGAACCUUGGCGCUCACCUCAACGCGUACACUUCGCGCGAGAACACUGUCUACUUCGCCAAGGCCUUCAACUCCGACGUGCCCCAGUGCGUCGACAUCCUCUCCGACAUCCUCCAAAACUCCAAGCUCGAGGAGUCCGCCAUCGAGCGCGAGCGCGACGUCAUCCUCCGCGAGUCCGAGGAGGUCGAGAAGCAGAUCGAGGAGGUCGUCUUUGACCACCUGCACGCCACCGCCUUCCAGGGUCAGCCCCUCGGCCGCACCAUUCUCGGCCCCCGCGAGAACAUCCGUGAUAUCACCCGCACCGAGCUCACCAACUAUAUCAAGAACAACUACACUGCCGAGCGCAUGGUCCUCGUCGGCUCCGGUGGCGUCCCCCACGAGAAGCUCGUUGACCUUGCCGAGAAGCACUUCUCCGGCCUCCCCAGCAAGGGCGUCGAGAACGAGGCCUACAUCCAGUCCAAGAAGAAGGCCGACUUCAUCGGCUCUGACGUCCGUGUCCGUGACGACACCAUCGGCACUGCGAACAUUGCUCUCGCCGUCGAGGGUGUCAGCUGGAACUCGGAAGACUACUUCACUGCUCUCGUCACCCAGGCUAUUGUCGGCAACUACGACAAGGCCAUGGGCAACGCUCCUCAUCAGGGCAGCAAGCUGAGCGGAUUCGUCCACCGCCACGACCUCGCCAACAGCUUCAUGAGCUUCUCCACCAGCUACAGCGAUACUGGUCUCUGGGGCAUCUACCUUGUCACCGACAAGACUACGCGCGUGGACGACCUCGUCCACUUCACCAUCAAGGAGUGGAUGCGCCUCUGCACCAACGUCAGCGGCGCCGAGGUCGAGCGCGCCAAGGCCCAGCUCAAGGCCUCCAUCCUGCUCUCCUUGGACGGCACCACCGCCGUCGCCGAGGACGUCGGCCGCCAGCUCAUCACCACCGGCCGCCGCAUGAGCCCCGGCGAGAUCGAGCGCCGGAUCGAUGCCAUCACCGAGAAGGACGUCAUGGACUUUGCCAACAAGCACCUCUGGGACAAGGACCUCGCCAUCAGCGCCGUCGGCAACAUCGAGGCCCUCUUCGACUACCAGCGUCUGCGAAACACGAUGAAGCCUUUCCACUAG